AUGGGGUGUGACGAAUACAUCAAUGUGUAUGUCCGCGACUUUGAGAAGACAGCUGCAAACGUGACACUUCUUGAAAAUGCACUGAGUGAGCUGUGUGUUCACCGCAGUUGUGUAGUUUUGAUGACGCAUGGCGCUGUUUUUACAACGACUCUGAGUGACCUUCAAACGAUCAUGACAGCGCCAACACUUCAAGUCUUCACGAUGUGUCCAUUGUAUAGAAGUGUCCAUCGCAGUGCAUUGGAGUACAUUAUAUUCACCAAUUGUGUACUCACAAAGGAGAUAGUUGAUUACUUCAUGCAGUUCAGUGUUGUUGUGAGUAGUCUUGCCAACGCGUCGUUUAGUGUUCUUCUUGACAAACGGCUUUCCGCACAGGUGCAACGUCGUUGUAAUGAUUUAUUUGUCACUCCUCCACAAUUUCGAAGUGAACAGAUCGGAUUUGGUCUUCGUGUUGUUCUUCCACAAGUUGCCAUCACACGAGAGUUGUUCGACUAUUUUGCGUCAUUUGGGUGUGUCGUCAGUUUUCAUGAAAAAGUCGCAAUUAAACACAACAGGCGAGUUCUUCAUGUUGCGUACAACACGAGAAGUGAUGCUGAGAGGUGUUACAGCUGUCUGUCUGUCAGCAAUGUGUUUGGUGAAAGGUGUCCCGUCACGGCAAGUCGGGUGUAUAUAGUAGAGAGUGACUUGAAGGAGGUGUGUGAGUCUGCCAUCACCAGUGAGUUGCUGUGUGCAUUUCCAAAGGAGUGGCGACUCGAUGACAUCAAUGGCGAAAUUUUCAGUGUUUUUGCACAGAACAUCCGAACACCAUCAUUUCUUGAGAAACUGCGAAAAACACGAAUUUUUGUGAAUUGCGAGAAGGAAGAGAUCUUUGGCAUUGUCGACUUCUUGAACGCAAAAAACAACACAAAGUCGUCAAAAAACAGUUCAACUGCAACGAGUGAAGAUAACACAAAGUAUGAGAAGUACAACACAAUGCAAAUAGUCGUCAAUAUGAAGAAUGGCGUCAAUGUCGUUGGAUUUGGAAAUGCAGCAAAAGUGUAUGUCGUCGCAGACUUCGAACAAAUUGUGCUUGAAACAACAUUCAACCAAAUUUUAUUCACAAAAUUCCACGAAAACAGAUUCAUGGCACUCGCUUUCAAAAAAUCAAAGAAAAUCAAAGCACAAGACGACAAGACUGUCUAUGUCGGCAAUGUCAAAGAUAACGACAACGGUGCUGCCGUUGCUGAAGCACUCGGUCACUUUGGGAGAAUCAUGACACUCAACGUCGUCAACAGAAAAGACAACUCUAAAAUCGCCUUUGUCGGUUUUUACAAUAAAGAAGACGCACAAAAGGCAAUCGACAAAAACAGACUCCAAAAUGGUUUGUUUGUUGCACCUAAGAAAUAA